AAAAAAAAAAAAAAAAAAUAAAAAUAAAAAUUAUACACGUUUGAGAAAUCAAUCAAAGGAGAAGAAACAAAACUCCAACCCAACAACCAGAGGGAAUUCAUAUUUUAUUUAUCAGUUUUAAUCGUUUAAUUUCAAAACUGUUGUUCUGGCGGUUUCAUACUAGGUCCAGGUACAUGGCUUGAUUCAUUCACUUUACUUCGUCUGUCGUUUGUCAUCAUCUGUUGAGCAUUUGUACUUCCCCUCCACCCCUCCCUUAAAAGAUACGCUUUACGCGGUUAGUUCCUUUCCUCCUUAUCCCGCUGUCUUCCCUUGUCUCUUUACAACCACUACUUCAACCACAUCAAAUCAACAGUAUUGAGUCCAUCUAGAGGUAGUUGUCAUCCUUAUACAGCAUCAUCAACUGAUCAUCAUGGAUACUCCAGGUCCUUACUUGCUUCUUCUGACUUUACUGGAAGAAGUAAGAUCAAGUUUGGUAUUACAUCCUCAAAUCACUACUUUAAAUCAAUUAUUCUUAAAGUAUUUGAAAGAACCAAGAUAUCAAUCUCCUUUAACUAUAGUUGAAUUAUCUCAUUUAUUUCAAUACUUUUAUCGUGAUUUGAAAUCAUUAGUUAUAAAUAUCUUUACUCAAUCAAAUUCAACUAAAAAGCAACUUAUAUCAGUAUCAAAUUAUUUUAAUUCAAAUCCUAAAAAGUUUGAUUAUUUAUUAGCCAUUGCUAAUUAUAGUCCAUCAUCUAUUAAAUUAUUAAAAAGAUCAGAUCCUGAUGCUAUUCUUCAAUUAAGAAUCUUUAAUUAUUAUAAAUUUUUAAUCAUUUUUGAAAGUUUAGAAUUAGCUCAAUUAAAUUUAUUUAAUUCAAUUAAUAAUGAUGAUAUUAAAUUAUAUGAUAAAAUUUUUAAAUUUGAUCAAAAAGAUAUUAUUUAUCAAGAAUUUUUAACAGAAAAAUUAACUCUUUUAAAAUCAUUAAAUUUAUCAUUCAGUUAUUUUAUUGAAUCAAAUAGUAAUAAUAAAGAUAAUCAAAAAUUAAUUAAAUUCAUAAAUUCCAUUAAUAAAGUUGAUAUAAUCUUAAUUCAAAAGAUUUUUAAUGAUUUAAAUUGUAAAAAUUUAACUCCUUAUUCAAAAUUAUCUAAUAUUGUUUUAAUUCAUAAAUUAUUAAUUAAAAAUUUUAUUAAAAGUGGUCAAUUUAAAAAUAAUGAAAUUAAUAAUGAUGUUUUAUUACCUACUUUGAUUUAUCUUAUUAUUUAUAAAUUAAAUACUCAAGAUCUUUAUUUAAAUUUCUUAUUUAUUAAGAAUUUUUUAAAUUUAUUAGAUCCUUAUAGAGUGGAAAUUUUUCCCUUAAAUUUAUAUGCAUCAUCAAAUUAUAAUCCAACUGUUGAUAAAGCUAGUAAUAAAUAUUAUAAAACAGGGGAUUUAUUUGAAUUUUUAAACAUUUCAACUGAUGGUAAUAAUAAUGAAACUACUAAUAAUCAAGAUGAUCAAAAUGAUAUUCAACAACAACAACAACAACAGAUUCAAGAAGGAGGUUUAUCUACUGAUGAAUUCUUCACUAAUGAUAAAGAUAUGAUCAAUUAUUUAUCUGAAACCUACAUUAACAAUGGUGAAUUAAGUUAUUAUUUAACUAAUUUUGAAGCUAUCAUUGUAUUUUUAUCAAAUAUCACUGUUAAUGAAUUAUUAUCUCAUAAUUCUUCAUCAUCACCUGAAGAAGUUGAAAAGUUAAUUUCAGAAGCAUCAUCAAAUAAGUUACUUACAAGUCCAAUUAGUAAAUUAGUGGAUGAAGAACUUUUAUCUCAUUUCCAAUUCCCGGAUGGGAAAUUAAAUGAAGAAAUACUGGGAUCUCAAGCAGAUUUAAAUGCUAUUAAUCAAGAUCCUUCACAAGAACAGCUUUCAACACAAUCAUCACAAUCUCAAGUGCAUACCGAAACUCAACCUCAACCACAAACUCAAAAUAGAUCAAGAUCUUCUUCCAUACUUAAUACUAUCAGUAAUAGAAUCAAUGAAACAAGAACAAGAUCAAAUAGUUCAAUCAUGAAUACUUUAAAACAAUCUAAUUCUGCAUUAUCAAAAGAAAGUUUUCCUACUUUAAUGGAUUCUAAUUCUAAUGAUUCAUCCUCUAUUCAAACUGAUUCAUUAGAUUUAAAUAAUGGAUUUAAUAUGAUGAAAAAUAUUUUAGGAAGAUUUAGUUCAUCAGUUGGUAAUAGUCAACCAUCUGAUUUUUUUAGUCCUUUACCAUCCCAACCUCAACAAAUGGAUGAAAUGGUAAAUUCAGGAUUAGAAUCUUCAAGUCCUCAAAGAAGAUCAGCAUCAUUGAUAAAUAAAUUAUCCCCUCAUCAUUCAAGAACCCGAUCUUCAUCAUUAGAAACUGCAUUAAACGGUAAUAAUACCACUUUUGUUAAUGGUAUUCAUUAUAAAAGAAAUUCAAUUACGGCUAAAUUAAGUAAUGGUGUAACUGAAUUCAUGACUAAAUUAAAUAAUCAACCUGCAUUACCAAAUUCGGCUUCCACUAUAGUGUUACCAAGUCAAGCUCAAGAUCAACAAGAACCACCAACACCAUCAUCUACCACAUCUCAUCAUCAAAGUAAUGGAAGUAAUGGUAGCACAGAUACUAUUAAUAAAAAUAUUUCCAAUAUUUCAUUACAUUCAUUAGAUAAUGAACAUAUUGAUUCAAAUGGAGCCAAUAUAUUUUCAACAACACCAUCCAAAAAGGGAGGUGAAAGUAGAAGUAGAGGUACAAGUUUACAAAUUAUGGAUAAAUUUUUUAGUAAUAUUAGUCAACAAUCUCAAAAAUUUAUGAUGCCAGCUAGUACUUCAAGUAGUUUAGAUCAACAUAUUUCAAAUCAUUCUCGAUCACAAUUGCAUUUACAAUCUCAACAUUCUGAUCUAAAUUUAUCAAAUAAUCAAUUAUUUAAAUUUCAUCAAAUGGAUUUUGAUUCAUUAACGAUUAAAGAUUUAAAAGAAUUAAAACUGUCUUAUGAUCAAUUAUGCACUCAAUAUUUAUUAUUAUCAUCAUCAUCAACUGGUACAAUAACUUCAUUAGAGAAUAAUGCUGGUAGUGGUAUAGUGCCAGAAGGUUCUAUUUCAAUUUCAAAUGUUUCUGCACCCGCAUCAGCAGGUGUCACCGCAAGUUCAACCAGUGCAUCUAUUGCUGAAGAAGAUGAACACGAAGACCAAAUUGAUUCAGAAAGAAAGAGCGGUAUAGAAGUAUUAGAUGAUGCUAAUGAAGAAGGAGAAGGAUUAGAAGUAGGUGAACAAGUUGGGGAACAUCAAGAAGAAGAAGAAGAUGAUGAUGAUGAGGAAGAGGAGGAUUCAACAUCGAAUGGUGAUUCAGGUAGUGAUGAGGUUGCUAGUGGUGAUACCAUUGCCACUGAUUCUUUAGCUCAAGUUGCUAAGAUAGUUGAUCUUCCGGUAUUAGAUGCCAUAGCUGCAUCUGCUACCAUUGAUUCUGUCUAAAGUCAAGGUUAGGGUAACGACUAAUUGUCAGAAUCUUUUUACGGUUAUAUCGUUAGGUUAAUAUUUUUUUAUUUAUUUAUUUAUAAUCAUAUUCAUAUUCAUAUUCAUAUAUAUAUAUCUAUUAAUAGAUUGGGAUAAAAUAUACAUACAAAUUGU